CCGGCCGGUUCUGCUCUCAAAGUCAAUUUACUCGUUCAGUAUAGCAGAUCGCUUGUUUUGCGAAAAAUUAAUACAAUUAGCUGAGUUUAUUCCGAUUCUUAAUCAAGUUUAAAUAUGCCACUAAAUAUUAAGAAAGUUCUUGUCUGCGAUGCUGUGGACAAAUCAUGCGUGGAGCUGCUGGAACAGCAUGGGAUUAAUGUUACCUACAAGCUGAAGCUCCCCGUGGAGGAGCUCUGCAAGGAGGUGAAGAACUUUGAUGCCGCCAUUGUUCGCUCGGAUACAAAAAUAACCGCGGAAGUUCUGGCCGCCGGAUCUGGAAGCCUGAAGGUUGUGGGACGAGCUGGUGCUGGUGUUGACAACAUUGAUGUUCCUGCAGCCACCUCCCAGAAUGUCGUUGUCCUUAACACUCCGGGAGGCAAUUCUAUUUCGGCCUGUGAGCUGACGUGCAUCCUAAUUGGCUCCCUGGCCCGUCCCGUCGUACCCGCUGGCCAGAGCAUGAAGGAGGGUCGAUGGGACAGGAAACUCUAUGCCGGCACCGAGCUCUAUGGAAAAACCCUGGCCGUUCUUGGACUGGGACGCAUUGGUCGCGAGGUUGGCAUUCGCAUGAAGACCUGGGGAAUGAGGAUUAUCGGAUUUGAUCCCAUUACCACGGAGGCGGAGGCCAAGGCGGCUGGCAUUGAGAAAAUGACGCUGGAGGAGAUCUGGCCCCUGGCGGAUUACAUAACCGUGCAUACGCCGUUGAUCCCGGCCACAAGAAAUCUCAUAUCCUCGGAGUCCUUGGCCAAGUGCAAGCAGGGCGUCAAGGUGGUUAACGUGGCCCGUGGCGGUAUCGUUGAUGAGCAGGCUGUUCUCGAUGGCCUCGAGAGUGGAAAAGUGGGUGGCGCCGCCUUCGAUGUUUAUCCCGAAGAGCCGCCCAAGUCUGCGGUCACCAAAGCCCUUAUCAGCCACCCAAAGGUGGUGGCUACGCCCCACUUGGGUGCCAGCACCGCUGAGGCUCAGGUCCGUGUUGCCGUCGAGGUUGCCGAGCAGUUCAUUGCCCUCAAUGGAACCUCGCCGAAGUACACCACCUACGCGGGCGUCAUCAACAAGGAGGCUCUGGCCCAUUAUAAGUAAAGGAUUUCGAAUUUAAAAACUCUUAGCACAUUUACCAGAUCCUUAAGUGGCACCCAAGAGGUCAGCAUUUAUGUAUAGACUUACAAAUAUCAUUGUAAUUACAUAUGCGAGAGAUAAAAUAGCACUGAAAAGUUAUUAAACUAUGAAAAGUUUGUUAAAAUGUG